CCGCAUCAUCAGCCUCGACGGGUCAAAGGCCAUCAUCAACAGCACCAUCACCCCCAACAUGAGCUUCACCAAAACCUCACACAAGUUCGGUCAGUGGGCAGACAGUCGGGCUAACACGGUCUACGGCCUGGGCUUCUCCUCCGAGGCCCAUCUGAGCAAAUUUGCUGACAAGUUUGCGGAGUUCAAAGAAGCGGCGCGGUUAGCCAAAGAGAGAUCUCAGGAGUUAACCAGCUCACCCUCACAGGAAUCAGCGAUGGGCGACCUUCAGUCUCCUGUGACUCCAGAGAGCAUCAACGGCACGGACGAGAGAGUGACCCCCGACGCCGCCUUCAACACCGAGAGCCGCGCCGAGAUCAACACUGUGCCCUUCCCCCACAGCUCCACGUCCAUGAGCAAGCACUGGGAGGCUGAGCUGGCGGCUCUGAAGGGGAACAAUGCUAAGCUGACGGCGGCGCUGCUGGAGUCCACGGCUAACGUCAAGCAGUGGAAGCAGCAGCUGGCGGCGUAUCAGGACGAGGCCGAGCGACUGCACAAACGGGUCCGCUUCAGCAAACAUAAACCAAAGACAUAUCACCAGUCUUUCAGAUCCGCUCACUCAUCAUGCCACUAG